AUGUUUCGCUUCUACAAGCUGUACUCGUUGUACAUGAACAACAUGACCAGCGGGCUGACGAGGCCGCGGGAGUGGUGCCUGUGCGAGAAGCUGCCCCGGGCGGUGCUCCACAUUCCGGUGAAUCGUCAUCUGCUCUGCGAGGUGUGCGGAUUGGCCAGACGUCCCCAGGCGGGACUCGCUUCCUCCAGCGACGAGGAUGCAGAUGUCCAGAGGAAUCUCCCGGAGCAACGUCACGCGGAGGAGCCCAAAAAGGGACAGGUUUCCCGGGUGAAGGUGGCCAUAAGGGCCAAGAAACCCAAGGACAAGCGGUGUUGCCGCACGAGCUGUGUUAAAUGUGGUGGCCUAGCCAGAGCUGAAGCUGGUCAAGAAGGUACUGGUACUGGUGGACCCGAAGAGGUGAAGAGCAAGGUGUAUGCAGGCCGUCACGGCUUGUACUCGAAACCAAGGGGGAUGCCCCGUCGUCAGCAGGAGCCCACGGCCCCGCCCCCUUCGUCGCCUUCGCCACCAUCAUCGCCAAGGGCAGCACCUCCUCCACCAACACCACCACCUCCACCUCCAUUAUCGGGGUCACCACCUAGCCUAGUGGCCAUGGCCCAUGACGUUUUCAGCCGGACAAACCACCUGAGCCAGAACUAUAGCCACCUAUUUGUCAGCAACUUUAUUCCCCUGCAGAGUCCCAUUACAGAUACCUUUGGAGGAGCCAUUUCCAAGAGGAAUCCUCCGCCACGCAGCCACAGGAGUCGUCCGUUGCCACCGCUCUCCAAGAUUCUGACCAACAACCAAAAGGAGCUAGACAACAGGGAGAAGGGCGGUGGUUUGGGGCGAACCAAGUCCAGGGAUUCACUGGAUAUCGCCAACGAGCUGGCCAGUCAGUUCUGCCCCUUUGAGCGGUACGAAGGUCCUUCGGAGGACGCUCUCGUCGAGAACAGUGCUCGCCAGCUACUCCAUCGACCCAAGUCACUGUUCAUUGAACCACGCCAGGAUUUGCCCAACAAUCGCAUCGAGUCCUUGAGUCGUUCGAAUGAGGGAAAUGAAAAUCUAUCUGGGAUCUUCUUCAUGACGAAAUCAGUACGCGAAAAUUUAAUCAAGACAAUCAAUCAAAUCGGAUUCGAUUGCAGUACUUCGAGUAACAAGAGUUCCUCCACCAACUUAAAUUACCAUUCGCCAAUUCACCAGCAAACCGUCCAAGAAACUCUGGCGGAAAAAUACGAACGUCUACAGGCUGAAAGAUCCUCCAUCAUGACUUCUAUUAUGGAUCAACUUUUCAGUUUACAAGCCGAAAGCUCCGAGGAGGACAAAGUAGAAAAGACUCCCGAAAUGGAUGAACUUGACCUGACUAUAAACAACCUGUCGCCUGAGGAUCCCGAAACAGGUUCUUUGCUAAGUGAUGUAUCAACUGAACAGACUGUAAUUUCCUCAAAUAAAACAAAGCCCUAUCAAGAUUACACCAAACUCUUCUCAAAAACACUGAGCAAUUCUAGCUGGGAACGGGAAUUCAUUAAAGUAGAGGACUCUUCACCAAACACAACAGAAAAGGAAUCCCAAUCAAUAUCUUUAAAGUGUGGUCGCUGCGGAAACGUUAAGCAAAACUCAGAGCAGGAUCUUAAAAAAAAUAUAGGGGCUAGUAGAAUUCCCAGAAAUGAAAAGAAUAUAAUGGAAGGGAAGACAGGUCCCGUAAUAAAUGUGCGACCACGAAAUAACACUUCCAAAAAACAAGAGGAAUACUUAAAAAAGAAGGAUAUUAGACCCAAGGAUGCGAAUUUGAUCAGGACGAGAAUACCGGUAAAUAGUUUUGGAGUGUGUAGAUACAAAGAACCUUCCACCAAUUGGGGUGUGGUGAAAACCUUUGAGAUAAUAUCCCAUAUGUGCCGAGAGAUCCCCAAGCUUCAGGUUGCUACCUUUGCAAGAGACUUAAUGAAUACCGGUAAAGUUAUUUUCAGCUAUAUCAAGGAAAGUUUGGUUACUGAUCAACCCACCAUGUCUCUCUAUGAAUUUCGCCUGCCUGACAUAAAUCCCAACGAACUGCAAUCUUAUCGAAAUCAGGAUGUUUUCGAAUCUCAAUCCGAACACGUGAAAUGGGAUACUAAAGAUAAUGAUUUAGACAGUUCAAGAAAGGAACAAAAUGAGAAGAGGGAAUCUGAAUUCGAGACUAAAACCAGGAAGAACAAUUCCUUAGAUUUUAAUAUUAUGCCAAAAGAACAGAAAGAUAUACCACAAGAUCGUUCAAAUCAGGAAAAGCCCUUAAAAUCAUAUAGUUCUUCGAAAUUGAGCUAUGAUAUUAGGAGACAAAUAGACAAAUCGAUGCAACUGAAGCUCAAAAAAAUGAUGAGUAAACCAAUUAAACUGCUUAAUUCGGCGGAAGCUGGGUCAGUUGUAAAAUUUCUGGAACCUUUUACAAACAGAUUGGGAGUUUCCGAAGAAAAUAAUCAAAACGCUUCACAAAUAAGUUUAAAACAAAAUUCGGAAAUGGAAAGAAAUCGUAUUCAUAAAGAUUCAGAAGAGUAUGGAGUUUUGAGCCACGCUUCAGAAACUUUGAAAGAGUUUCAUCUAUCCCAAAAGCCCCUUCGCCUUAUAACCAACAUGUCCUCAUCAAGUGACUACGAGUCAAAAUGCCUUCAUAUGGGGUGUAGGUCUGAAAAUGACUCUGAUGCUGCAUCGGAACCAAUUAUGACUUAUAGAACUACUGAAUAUGAAGGACUGCCUCCUCUAAACUGGCAAGUAAUCUCCAUGGGAUCAGCUAGACUAAAAGAAUCCAUUGAGGAUUUAUCAGAAUCAGAAGAAGAAUAUGUCUGUCCUGUUUACAAGUGCGGAAAUCUAUUAAAAUCGAAAACAUUUGCUUCCCAUUUCGAGCAAUUUCAUCGCCAUAAAACUGCAACAAAUGCAUUACCUCAAGAGUAUUGCCAUCGAAUAGUGGAGGGAUUACCAAAGCAGUUCUUCUUUGAUGGCGAUCUUCUCACCAAAGGAAACUCUUUUGUGUCUCUUCUUUUGUACAGCAGUUUAAAGAAGGAGUCAUCAUUUCCACUUCGAGAAUAUCCACUGGCCUUGUUAGCUGCUCCACAAAAGGUAAAUAAUAAGCAUCCUACUGGCAUUUUCUUCUGGCUAGUGGGUUAUCCCCUGGGCGCAAAGCUUGUCGCCAAGCUCACAGUCUACGAUCCUUUAGAACAAGUUGGAAGAAGUAGGAUUAUAAAGCCACGAGAUUUAUCCCGGGAACAAGACCCUCGAAGGUUCCAUUCCAAUUGUAGGGAUCAUCUGCUUAUUACAGUUCCGUAUAAAAAGCAAAGAAGGUUUCAAAUAAGUGUGGUGAUUGAUGAAAAGUCCGAGUAA